AUGGCCCGUCAUCUGUCAUCAUCACCAAAAUCGCCGCCGCCGACGCCGGAGCAGCAGCAGAAGCAGAAGCAUUUAUCAACGCGGCAUAGAUCGUCAACUCCGAUCCACCCAGGUGCAGAAAGCCAUCACCUGCAAGAAAUCGACUCGCCCGUCCAACUCAGGAGCGAGGGAACUAUGCGUAUAGUGCAACUGAAUCGCGAACGAGCUCUGAACGCGCUGGAUCACCACAUGAUUUCUUUGAUCGACCAUGCGUUUAAUGAAAUUGAGCCGUCUCCCAAUGCCGCAACUGUCCUGUUCCGCGGGUUAGCACGCUCUAUGUGUGCAGGCGGUGAUGUUAUGUCGAUCGUCAAGGCCGCGGAUAAUAGCGACUUUCAUAAACGCAUGCACAGCUCGAGGUUCUUCGAGCGCGAGAUCGUACAGAACUACCGUGUGCACACGAUGCGCGAGCAUUCGACAGAGCUGGGUCAUCCCAAGACAUAUUUGGGUUUGUGGGAUGGUAUCAUUAUGGGCGGCGGUGUUGGGAUGACUGUGCAUGGCCCGAUCCGGAUCGCUACGGAACGCACCCUCUUUGCGAUGCCCGAGACAGCCAUCGGUUACUUUCCUGAUGUUGGUUUGACCCACACGUUCUCGCGCAUGGAUGGCGGGAUUGGCAUGUACGUCGGCCUCACAGGCGGGCGCCUAAAUGGCGCAGAUGCAUACCUGACGGGGUUUGCCACCCACUAUAUGCAUUCGCACGCCGUGGAUGAGAUGCUCCGUCGCAUUAGCUCACUCCCAAUGUCCACGGCUACGCACGAGGAAAACGUUGUGCGUGCGCUGGAUGAGUUUACCGUCAAUCCUUUCGAUGACGACGAGAACCUUGCAAAGAACUGCGUGUUCCUGGGCGACAAGCGCGUGGCGCUUGACUUUGCUUUCACGCGCGAUACGAUCGAACAGGUGAUUGCCGUGCUUGAUGACAUUGCGCAACGCCGUCAGGAUUCGUACACGGGCGAGGAGCUCGCGAAGCGCGGCCUGCCUGCCAUCACAGAAGAUGUUGCGGCAUGGGCGUCGCAAACGCAUGCGACGCUGCUAGCGCGUUCCCCACGCUCGCUGAAAGUGACAUUCCGCGCGAUUCGCGAAGCACGCGAUCAGACAUUGGCCGAAAACAUGCAUGCGAACAUUCGCAUCGCCACGGCUUUCUGUGACCUGUCGCUUGGCCGCGAUUUUCACACUGGUGUGAUGCAUGUGCUUGGCAAGGACCCCAAGACUGGCAAACGUAAUGCAGGCAUCCCGAAGUGGGAGCCAUCGCGCUUGCAGGAUGUGAGUGACGAGUACCUGCAGACCUUCUUUUUUAGCACCGAAGAAAAGGCCCGCAAAGCUGGGAUGCAGCUGAAAGUGCCGAAACUCCACUUGGUGCCUGUAACCGGCAAAGACCGCGAGUCUCGUAAAGCGCGCGAGCAAGAAAUGCGUGGCGUUGGUCCAUUGCGCUGGAAUUCGAAGUGGAAUAAGUACGCACUCCCAAGCGAGGCUGAGCUCGCCGCGCUACAUGAAGGGAGCCACCCAGCCUCAGGCAGUUACGUGCUGGAGCCGGCUGAACUGCUCGAGACUAUUGCCCGUUACCAUAAUAACAAGCCUGGGCUGCGACUCAAGGUGCAAGACUGGCUAGACCGUCGCGCUCGCUUACAACAAGCUUCGCCGUAG